AUGAAAAGGACCGUCCACAGAGUCGUGCGACGCGAGAGAAAACGCACGUUGAUCGACGAGAAACGAAGCGCAUUCCAGAAACGUCCGCUUGCGGGGGGUAUCGGAUUAGGUGGUAGAGGAAAUGCCGGCGUUGGCGGAAAUGGCGGCAAUUUAGGUGUCGAUGGUGAUUGCGGCGAUGCGCUCAAGAGACGUAAGGUUCACAGAUGCGAUGUCGCCGGCUGCGACAAGGUUUACACGAAGAGUUCGCAUCUCAAGGCGCACAAGAGGACCCACACUGGCGAGAAGCCAUAUCAGUGUACGUGGGAAGGUUGCACGUGGAAAUUCGCACGAUCGGACGAGCUGACGCGGCACUAUCGCAAGCACACGGGCCAAAAGCCGUUCAAGUGCCAUCUCUGUCAGCGAUCGUUCUCGCGAAGCGACCAUUUGUCGCUUCACAUGAAGAGGCACUGAUGAAAAGGACCGUCCACAGAGUCGUGCGACGCGAGAGAAAGCGCACGUUGAUCGACGAGAAGCGAAGGUGAGAAACGGUCCUUGGCAAUAGGCCAGUGAUCUCGAGUGAUCCUGGACGCGAGCGAGAGACGGACGAUGAUAUUUCUUACAUUUGGGACCUGAAGAGCCGCGUCGCGAGCCGGCCCGUCCCGAAUUUCUCACGAAGACGGACCGGUCGAUCGGACGGGCAGCAACUAGGAAAAGAGAAAAUAGAUUGACGAAGCAAACAAAUCGUUCAUUAGGUUUAACGCUUAAUCGCGAAUUGAAUAAUCGCGAUGCCGAUCAACUUUGAUCAGUUGGUUCUCUUGAUGCUGUCUUUUGCGAAUCUUUCGAUGGAUCUUUCCGAUUGCAGCUACAAUAAAUCGAGCCGAUGUCUGAAUUACGAGCGUUGAACGCAAGAGUAAGGUAAUUGUUUUACAAUUGUCGAGCUUUUAUAAAAAGGCGCGUCACUGAUUUUUUGGAUGCUUCAAGAUUUUAAGGAAAGAAAGAUCCGCUUGCGCGAUUGAGAUCGCGAUCGAGGUCAUAGAUUCGGCACGACAAGACGUAUCGUUAUUACAUAUAAGCGUGUAUCUGUUCUCUUCUGUGUUUCUAGCUAAUUUUUAUUUGUUCUAUUUUCCAGUUUGUUAUAUAUAUAUAUACGUAUGUAUAUAUAUAUAUAUGUUUAAAUAAGGCCAGCUCAACUAGUCUAGAGCACCAUUUUAUCGUAUACAUUACGACGAAUAGAGCCAGUAUAUAAAAAGUUAAUUAAUUAAUUAAGAUAAGUAAAUGGUUAGAAUAAACUAAAUGAUAUAUCGAACUCCGGUGACGGAGCUUGGGACUUAGCAUGCUCAGUUAAAUAAACUACAAUCGUGAUCGUAGAUAUUACGUAAAAGCAUUAAUAGAGCAAUUUUUCGAUUAUGCACAAAGAAUUUCGCGUUUAGGGACGGACAAUCAUUAACUUUUCAUUAUAUAGUAAUGAAGUGAGAUAUAGAACGUCGGCAUCCCAAAAGCCAGUAUUAUGAAUGCGUAACAAGCAAUAUCAUUAUAUAUAAUAGCAUUAUAUAUUACAUAUAAUGCUUUUUUUAAAUUUCAUUUUAGUCGCCAAAAAAAACAGCUUUUUCCAAACGUAAAUCGUCAAAUUUUAAUUCCGCGUAAAGUGCCAAAGUAGAAGGUGCAAUCAUGAAAUAUCUAAUUAAUACUACUUCGUGCUUUAUGAAAAUAAAAGCAUAAUCGAGUAAAUUAUUCUUUUCUAACGCGCUUUGAGAUUUUUGAUCCUGAGACAUAGACAUAUGAAUGAUAACAACAAAUAUUAUUUCCCAUUUUACGUGAUGGCAUCCUGAUGGGAAACUCAAUAGCUCAAUAAAUAUUCGCAGAGUACCUAUAAAAAGCAAAUAUAUGCUCAAACGCUCUGUGUUAUCUGUUGCAAGAAUGAUCUACUUUAUCAUGUAUAUUUAUGACAUCAUUCUUUGCGUCUGAUUACAAAAUAACAAUCGCAUCAGGAUGUUUGUGAUGCAUCGAAUUGACGAUUUCGGAAUUGUUAAUCUAAAAGUGUAUAAUUUAGACUCGUAUUCCAAAAAUAAUAG